AUGGAGGCAGUGUUGGAGGAGUUGAGGAGCUUAAGAGAAAAGGUGGAAGGCAUGGAAGGUGCAUCAGUGGAGCGUCAUAAACAUCGCCGAAAACAUCGCAACCGAGAAUCGAGGAGAAAAAAUGGCGGAGAGCGACACUCAGAUCGAGGUGCGUCACGCCGCGAUAGAGAAUCGUCAAAAAAUAGUCGAUAUCGACAUAGUGGGGAACGUUCCUCGCACAAGAGUGAUAGAAGGACGUCACACAAAAAAUCGUCAUAUCGGUCAAGAUCUCCUCUUAGAAGAGAUAAUAAAAAAUCUGACGGAGAGCGUUACCCGGAAAAUUCUCGAGGCACGUCACGUCAAGAAUACGACAAAUCACGUGACUCUUGCAGUGAUCCUCAAUCGUAUUAUUCAGACUAUGAAGAACAAACUGAUUCAAAUUUUCGAUCAUCAAGCUGUCAGUCAACGCUUACACGUUCGUGUUCGACGGAUACUGUUCCUGAUUCUCCGAAAAAUAAAGAUGAAAAUAAUGAAACAAAAACUGAUGACAACAAAGAAAAUAAAAAAGAACCUUCAAAACAAACAAUUCAACUUCUCGGCUCUGAUGAUACAGAAAAAUUUGGUCCUGAAAUUCAUGACUCUAUUGUAGAGAAAUGGACAAAUUAUUUGAAAUUAGGUUUACAGAAGGAUGAAAAGAAAGUGCUUAUUGAGAAAUACCCAACAGCGAAAAAUUUUCCAAUGUUGAAAGCGCCAGAUCUAAAUCCGGAAAUCAAAGAAUUGGCAAAGGGAAUUGCGCUCAAGAAAGACAGCUUUUACAUCGCUUCACAUACAAUGUUAAGCGCUGAUAUGAAUGCAAUUGCCCUUUGCAUUGACGAAUUGUUGACUCAAAAAGAGCCUAACAUUGACCAAAUAAUAAGCCGUUUAGGAGAUUCUGGAAGAUUGUUAUCUGGUCUACAUCACUCCCUUUCGAUUUCCAGACGCAUAACAUUGACUUCAAGUAUUGAAUCUCUUGAUCCUUUAGUAAAAAGUGUUGCCACUGAUUGUGUUGUGGACAAACAAUUAUUUGGUGAAGAUUUCGCUGAAAAAUACAAAAAAGCAAAAACUCUAGAAAAAACGAGCAAAGAAUUAAUAAAAGCAAAACAAGGUUCUAGCAGUAGACAACCGUAUGAAAAAUACAAACAAAAAACGAACCAAUAUGAUUUUCCUCGAAAACAAAAUAAUUUAAACUGGAGGGGCCCUCCCAAGCGAGUUUCCCGGAAUCAAACGACAUACCAACAGGGAGGGCGCAAUUCUCAGCAUCACCAACAAUCUCGGAACAACCCGAAGUAUCGUCGAUAGAAGCGGAAUCAACAUCCUUUGGCGAAGAAACUUAUCCUGGCUGUCGCAAGAUUAUCUCAGAAUCCUUCUUAAAACGUAGUGUUCCUGAGUCAUCGAUACCAAUAAUACUCGCCUCAUUAUCGGAAGGGACAUUACGUCAAUACGAAAAACCGAUACGACUUUGGUGGGAAAAUUGUAAGGAGAAAAAUAUUGAUUUAUUCGAAGCUGCAGUUCCUGAAAUUCUAUGUUUUUUGACCAAAUUGACCGAAGGUGUAAAAACAUAUGGGACAUUAAAUAGUUAUCGAUCAGCGAUAUCG